AUGCCGAUGUGGCAAAUUGGACUAUAUUCACGUGGCAAAGCGGACGAUACGAGAUCGAGGCUCGUAUGGGACUCGGGCGGUAGCAGGUGCGUCGCCCACUCGCCACGUCGCCCGCGCCUGUGCCUUCAAUCACGGACGCUGCCUUUCCACUUGGCUCACUUCAUUAGGCCCCGCUAUCUGCCGACGGCCUCGUCCUUCCUGUCAAGCAACGGUGACGGCCAGCUUAGCGACUUUGACAACGGGCUUUUAAGCGUUCGAGUAUGCAGGAUGUUCGUAUGUCGCGCAGCCUGCCAAUUUUUUAUGUUGUCC